GCGACCGACUUCUGGUGUGGCGCUAGGCUAGUAGCAAGCAAAGGGUCCAGCGGGCUCUGUGGCGGCGGCGAGCUUGAAAUUGGAAUUGUUUGAAUUUGGCGUCGAAGAAAGUCGCAAAUGUUGAGUCCGGGCGGCGUGUCUGCGGCUCUGCUGCUCGCCGCGGUGCUGACGACGAGCGAGGCGCUCAAAGAAGGAGAAUGUGAAGUGUGCGUGACUUUUUUGGGCAAGUUCUACGGCUCUCUUCAGGAGCACAAAGUGGACCUGAACAGCGGCGAUGUGGAGAAGGCGCUCCUCAAGAGCUGCGGCGCCGCCAAAGGCAAAGAAAAUCGUUUUUGUUACUACAUCGGGGCGACCAGCGACGCCGCCACCAAGAUGAUCAACGAGGUGUCCAAGCCGCUCAGCUACCACGUCCCUGUGGACAGAAUCUGCGAGAAGCUCAAGAAGAAAGACAGCCAGAUCUGCGAACUCAAAUACGACAAGCAGCUGGACCUGAGCUCGGUGGACCUGAAGAAGCUGAAGGUGAAGGACCUGAAGAAGAUUCUGGAGGAGUGGGGCGAGUCGUGCAAGGGUUGCGCCGAAAAGUCCGACUUCAUCCGUAAGAUCACGGAGCUGAUGCCCAAGUACGCCCCUGCCGCCGCCAGGGCACGGACUGACCUGUGACCUCUGACCCACGGGGACUCUCCUGCUUGACUGGCAGUUUCGUCCUCUCACUUCUUUUCAUGCGACUCGCUCAGGACGCCGUUAGGCGGACGUUUGGCUCCGCUCGCUGUCCGGGCCAGAGGCCGCAGUCAUCACUUCCUGUUUGUGACUUGAUGUCUGUGUUUGUAUUAAAAGAUGUUUCAUGGGCAUUUUUUAUUAUUUUUUAAAAAUAUAUAAACAAACAAUAGUGCAGCGGUUCUGGAACGGGCUCCGCAGGGUCGGUGUUAGCUUUGGGCCAGUUAAAAGCUCUGAUUCGAUUACCAUGUGUCAUUGCUUCAAUCCUCCCUUUCCACAUUAAUAUUCAUAUUUUUAAUACAACAAAAAGGGGUAUUAUUACUACAGCCUGACCGAUAUGGAUAUUUUGAGGCCGGUUCCGAUAUUUGGCGGGAAUAAAAUUCCCAUAGCCGAUUCAUCGGACGAUUAAUUUAAAAAAUAUAUGCCAACUAAAAUAACUUCUGUUUUGGUCUCUUAAUGCUUACAACAACAAAGAUAUGAACUAUAGGCAGAAUAUGUGAUUGUUUUUAAAAAAAACUUUGUCCUCUGCUAUCUGUUGAACUUUGCAACCAAUUUUUGCUGAUUUGUUUGUUUGAAUUUCAUUCUUUGUUUUAUGUUGUAAUGUGUUUUAAAAAAAAAAAAUAAUAAUCGGCCGCUUUGUGGCUAUUUGGAAAGGGGUUCAACUUGGCUGAUUAAAUCGGUCAGGCCCUAAAUUAUUACAUUCAAAAUAUCCUUUUCUGCUGAGACAUGGUGACAUUUUUUAGAUCGACCCAUUUUUUUUUUUUUUUUUUUUAAAGCAUUAAUCUUUGAAAAAUAAUUUUCAACUUGUAACAUUAUACCAUUUUUGAAAAAUAGCCAACUUUUUCAUUCCUAUGACAUUUAGGGGUCUGUGUGGUAGUUUGGCUAAUGAGGGGGUCCGCUUAGCUUAGCAUCAAGUCACAAGCUGCUAUUUGUAACAUUUGUAGUCCUUUAACCUCUGUCAAAUGUAUGACGGACAUUCCAAGUUUUCUCAUUUGGAGGAAACGGCGAAGAGCAAACGUGUGAGUGAGUCCCAGAAACACGCUAACAUGUCAUUCCAGCUCAAGGCGGGGAUGUUUAUGGAAUUGUCUUUCUGUAUUUGAUUUGCUCAAGUUUGUUUCACAGAUGCUGGCGUGCGGUUCAUCUUGCUGGGAAUGGAUGGAAAACUCCUCACUAUGAGUUUUCAGAUGUGAAAUAAAAAACAAAAUUCUUCCACCCGGACGCAAAGUCUUCAUUGCUGCUUCCAAAUAAAUGUAUUAUAUGAAAUGACUUUUCAAAACUGCAGGAAAAGACUUACAAAAAGCAUGGAAGUCAACAUGGACCCAGGAACUUUGAAAGUCACUUCCUGGCUGGGAAUAAGUUUAUAAAUAUUGUCACCUUUUAGUUUUUGUCUCUUCAUUUUUGCUGCUCUUGUAAACCUUAACAUUGAAGGUUUUUCAUUCAUUCAUUUUCCGUAGUGC